AUGGCGUUCCUUUCGUUCAACCCCAAUAGUCAAAGUGCCUUGGAGUACCAGCAGGCUGAAGAUGUCGAGCAAUCCGACGUCCUGAGGAAAGAGCUGCCACUGAAAUAUACUUGGGUCAUUUGGGAGCAAAUUAUGCAGGCAAGUGAUGGAAAAGCAGCACAGUAAGAAGAGUUUUUUUUGAAUAUAGUCUAGGAUGAAGUUGUGAUUGCGAAUGGGUGGUAGCAUAGUUUCAUCUUCUCUUUCUCUCGUCUAGCAUCAAGAACGAAUUCUUUAUUUUGCUAAAACGACCACAUCCACACCCAUUAAAAAUCAAAAUCCUAGGUACUCAGACGCGACACACAAAGUGGCACCAUUUAGUACUGUGCAAGACUUCUGGAAGCUAUGGAAUCAUAUGCCGCAACCAAGUGAGCUGCUUGAUCAAAAGAGGAUGGUAUUUUGCUAAAUAUGCUUGUAGUAGUUGUAAGAUCCAUACUUCCUAGUACUGUAGUUGGCACCAAAUUUUCUUUCUCAGCAGACUUUUCUUACGCUUACACUUCUGACGUUCUUGUUGCCUACUUAAAGUACUAGUACUUUCAACUUCCCCUCAAGCUCCGCUAACCAAUCAUGUUCCUUCUACGCGGCAACCAAAUGCUCAAAAACAACAGGUAAGAGAACAGCCAGACGGUUUGCAUGUUAUAGAUGCGAUAAUGAUCUUUAGAGAUGGCAUAAGACCCGAAUGGGAGGACAAGUUGAACGCUAGUGGAGGACACUUUCAGUUUCAGGUAUUACUGCGUACGAGAUUGCUUUUUUCUUCUUACACGCCAGUUAAAAGGCUUUUCACUCUCCAAUGAAAAUCACUCAAGUGCUUUUUUUCUUUCCCAUUCAAAACAAUUCAAAACAUGAACAACUCAUACUCAAGAAAAGCCUUCUUUCUUUGAAACAACAUGAAAAAGACCGUGAACAAGAAGAACUCUUCAAUAAAUCCCCCUUCCUUGUUCCCCAAAAAGAUGAACACCGUGAACAACUCAUACCCAAAAAUACAGAGUGAACGACUCGCAACUCAUACCCAUGAACAAGAACUCAAAUCCCCCUUCCUUCCCCAACAAAAACAGCUGAAGCCAUCCUGCGGUGGUGGACAGAUUGACGAGUAUUGGAACAAUCUUGUGCUUGGCAUGAUCGGUGGGACCAUAGACCCGCCACAUAUGAUUACUGGGGUGCGAUUGGUCGACAAACUCUCCGGUCCUAGGCAAGCGAAUGGUAUUGCUUCUUGUACAAGAAGUACUUUUUAACAUCAGAUCUCUUAUGUUAGUGUUGGUUUAAGAUUAGUGUUAGUUUUCUGAAUAGUGUAUUUUCUACUUUUUAGAAGUACUUUCAUCUAGACCAUUUCAUCUAGAAGUACUUUAUCACCAUGAAGACCAUUUUCAUCUAAAAGUCCUUUCUAUCUAAGAAAAAACAAAGUCUUCUAUCCACCGUCUAUCUAAGAAAAUGCUCGUGUCCGGAUAUCUGCUCUUCAAUGUGAGUAUUGAACAGAUGAUGAGUUAUCUGCUCUUUCUUCUCAUCAUGAUGUGCGAUGUCGCUUUCAGGUAUCCGUAUCGAAGUCUGGUUCACAGACUACGACAAUACAACGGCUGUAAAUCAGCUGAAGAAGAACGUCGAGAAGUGUAUGGCGACUCGACUUGACGGCGUAAUGGGAACUGUCCCAAAAUGCGAUGCCAAAACACAUCAGUCCACGAAACAUUAAGCAUACCAGUCUACAAAACUCGAACUUGAACUAGAUUUGGCGUCUUCAAAAGGAAGAAUUUUCUUUUCACGAACGUCGUGUUUUUGCUGACAACAACAAUCAAGAUGAACUGGUGAAAAAUUAACAGAAGUGAAAAGCCCCUUCUUCGUUCCCCUCCCUAGAAGUGCGUAUCAACCACUUCGUGACAGCGAACAAGUCCUUUUCAAUCGAAGAAGAUUCGUCCUACUACAGGAGCUCUCGUAAGAAAGAAAGAACAAGAAAAAGAAGACUACGUUGACUACGCGGU